AUGGGCAAUCAUUCCGUGGAUCCAACAUUGAUCGAUAAACGUUUGAAAUUGAAUCAUUUUACCAUUCUUGGUACACAUAACAGUUAUCAUAAGCAGAAUUCUCUCUAUCGAUAUGAACAUUCCGAUCUUGCAGAACAAUUUUUCUAUGGUAUUCGUCAGAUAGAAUUAGAUCUUCAUCUCAUGCCGAACCAUGAUGUCGUCUAUCAUGUACAGUUAUUCGAUGAUCGAACGAAUUGCUACUGUUUAAGUGAUUGUAUCGAACGCAUUUGGAAUUGGACGAUCAUCAAUGCCAAUCAUUAUCCAAUUUAUUUAUUUAUCGAAAUCAAACAGAUGUUUUACGAAGAUCUUUUCACUGGACUCGAAGGCGGUGUUAAAUGCAAACAUUUCGAAGCACUUAAGCAACAACUUUUAGACGUUUUCACAAAUACUUCUUUGAUUCUACCACCGCAAGUACAAGGAAAUCAAAGUUCACUUCGAUUGGCACUUCGCAAACAAAGAUAUUACGAGCAGAAAAAUGAUUUUAUUUAUGCAGGCUACGGUUGGCCACCGUUGUAUCUUUCGCUUGGAAAGAUUAUUCCAGCCUUCCUCGACGAUGUGCAUAAUAUCGUUCCAGAUAUGAUUGAUUCAUGUGAACCUUUAUCAGACUUCUUCUUCAUCGUUCAACGAAACACAGCCAAAGAUUAUGCGUCUUUUAUGACCACGAACAGUCCUAUCAACGAUCAAUACCUAAUGCAAAAGAGUAUCAAUCGCGGAUAUAUACUACGUGUUUUACUUGGAUAUGGUGGAAGUCGACUGAAUGAAAAUUAUAAUAAAGCAAAGGCGUACGGUGCUCAUAUAUUCAGUACAGAUUCUGAAAAUUGCUACGAUACAGAUAUUUGUCAAAGUGUGAUGAAUGAUUUCAAGAGCGGCUCUUCGAUUUUAUGUAAUCCAGUUCUGUCUCCAGAUUUUUGCAAUGUGACAUCAUUCAUUCUGUAA